GACCUUAGAUUCAUGCAUAUAUAAAAAAUGUACACUGAUUUUAUUAUGCUGUAAAUAUCAAUAUUUAUCCGGUCUGUUUGCAACAGCUUAAAGAGUAGGAGGUGGUCCUGCAGUGAGCAGUGCAGGAUCAAAUCUUAUUCUUGGAUUAAAUCCUUUAAUUGGAAGUUUAGAGGUAAACCAGGGUCCUGGGGUUAGCAGUGAUAAAAAUCCUAAUUUGGGGUUAAAUCCUUUAUUUGGAACUUUAAAGGGAGUAAAGAGACCUUUACUGAUGUUGUCAGGACUAUUGGAUUGUCAGUGAGGAAAAAUCAAGAUGGAGAACAUGGAAGAAGAAGAAGGCAAGAAUACAUACCGGCUACCAGGGGGAGAGACAAGAGAGUGGACACCUGCUGAAGCUGCAGACUGGUUUGCUGAGCAAUAUCUACCAGAUCUUAGAGAAGUCAGUGUCAGAUUUCCAGAGGAACGGUUGUAUAGUGUUUGUAUUCGCCAAACCCCUGAUUUACCUCCUGAUGAGUUAGAAGAACAGAUGUAUGAAAGUGUAGAAGUGGGAGAGAAGGAUGAAGUUGGAGGCUUCAUGGGGAAUGUAAAAGGUGACAUUGCUGAACAUGAUAUUUUUAAGUACUUGACAAGAACUCCUAAAACAUCAAGAACAGCUCUCUUACACAAAUACACUGUCAAUAAGUUCCGCUCAUUUACUGGUACAAGUAAACAGAAUCAACUUGAAGAUAGCCAAGAAUUUGACUUUAUAUAUGUAUUCAGUGAUCACAAAUAUAUGCAUGUAGAAGUCAAAGCAGGAACAUGUGGAGGUGGAGAUAUUAUAAAACAGCUAGAGAAAGGAGAGAAGUUCUACACUGAAGUACUAGGUGUGCUAGCUGCUGCUGGUUUAAACAUGAUCAACUGGGAAUUUAUACCUGUUGCUGCUUUUCCUAAUACUAAAAAUCAAAGCGAGGUAAGAGGACAUCCUGAAUUUAAAACAAAGUAUCCCAAGGGCUUGAUUUUAACUCAAGAAGAAUUAAAAAAGCCAGAAAGCCUGGAAGACCUACUACUGCCCAGAGAUCAAAAUUUCCAGAGUGAUGAAACAUACCUUGCACUUGUAAAACUAUUUAUGGCAUCCUCUCAUUGUUCCAAGUCUGAUGCUUCUCUCUCCCUGACUCCCUCGAACCCUGUCAAGGAAACUAAGGGGAAACUUGUUGGAUCCAACACAUCAGAUCUAGGUGUUGGAGUGUCAGAGGAUCCAGGACCUUCCUCUUCCACAGUUCCACUGUUUUCUUCCUUGAAAGGAAAACCAGUUGGUUCCCAGGAAAGCAUUUUGUUCUGGAACAAGAGUCAAGCUCAGUUCCUCCUUCAAGAUAACCCAAGAUGUAUUAUAAAAGGAGACUAUGGGUCAGGAAAGACCCUAGUCCUCUUUGAUAAGCUAAAGACUCUGGCGGAGAAGGUUGUGUUUAUCAGCUGCUUGCUACCCCAUGAAGAUGUUCCUCCAAUUUACGAAAGUAUUAUGAGAAAGAAAAUAGAAGAUUUAGGAAACAAUAUCAGGUUUUACAGUGCUACUGAAAUAUGCAGUGAGAUGGGGGUUAUAUUAGGAGAUAAGGAUAGAGAGAAGAGUUUUUAUUCAGUGCUAGCUGAGUUUAUUCAGAACCUCCCAGAGGAGUUUAAUACUCUACUCAUUGAUGAGUUCGGGGAUCAUUUGUAUAGCCAGCAGGAUGAAAAGGAAUUGUUAGGAACAACUGGUUCCUUGGCUAAAAGUGAAACUAAACAGCUUAUCAUUUCCCUCCAUCCUAGUUGUCAGAUUGAUGUGAGUAAACUGAAGUAUCAGGGCUAUGAGAUUACAGAGUUGAAGUAUAUAAUGAGGAAUACAGCUUCUAUAUAUAAAUAUAAUACUGUUAUUUAUUCUGAGAGUGAUAGAGUAACCUCAACAGUGCUUGGUCUUCAUCCUGUUUAUAUAUCUAGUAGUGGAGAUAAUGAUUUCUACAGCAGAAUAGUCGAAGCAGUUUGUAAGAACAGUAGAAAGUUUGUCUGCCUUUUUCCAGAUGAUGAUGAUGAUGAUGAUGAUGAUGAUGAUGAUGAUGAUUUAAGAUAUGAUGAUAAUAAGUUUAAGACUGAACUAGAAAUGAGAGGAAUUAAAACAUUUGAAUACCUAAAAGUAGAAGAUAAGAAGAACCUGAAAAAGUUUCUAGAAUCCGAAGAAGGAUGUCUCAUCACUAAAUAUGAACAUGCCAGGGGUGUAGAAUGUACUACCCUCCUAGUCUUUGAUGGGAAUGUAAAACGAGAUUCUAUAUUUUUGAGAGGAACUACGCACCUUGUAUUUGCAGAUCUAUACAGCAAGAAUCUUCAUUUUAGUGUAGAAGAACCUGAGCCAGGUUACAUAUUAAUACAAGGGAAUAGACUUGAUCCUGUUGUCUACAGUAGUCUGGUAGAUAAGAUGCUGGAGGAGAGAGUAGAGAAAUAUAUUAGUAUUCAUGAACAUUACAAUGUAGAGCUAUUCCUGAAUGAACUAAAGAGGAGAGGUCUACCCACUCCAGUAAAGAAACCUGGUAGAAUGCAUUCUGUGAAAAUUAUAAAAUCACAUCAACAGGAUAUAUCAGGAGGUAUUAUGUAUGAUAGGCGGGAUAUUGAAGAUGAUUGCCUGAAGAAGAUCGGAGCAGAGAUUUCGAUACCUAUUAUUUACAUAGAUGAACUAGAUAGAGGAAAAGAAUAUGUUAAACGUGUUCGUGAAGGAAACCCAAUCCUCUUCUUCCAUGUUAAAGUGGGCUAAUAGUUGGACAAAACAAGAAGAUAGGAUAUUCACGAUAUCACCGAAAAUCAUGGCGGAACAAAUAAUUCAAGUAUUGGGAUUUGGAAACUUGGUCAAAUUAUACAUUUAACCUAUUUAAUCAAUGUAUAUAUUUACAUACUUAAGAUAUAAAUGAUUUGAUAUAUUU